CUGUGUUCUUGAGUUAAAGAGGAGGAGAUCUUCAGAGUUCAGUUCAGAAGCAGCAUCUCUGAUGGUAUGGAGGUGUAGAAGUGUAUACUGUAUGAGAAACUUCAUGUUCUGGAAGGCUCUAUGAAUGCUGAAAGGUAUAUAAAGGCUUUAGAGGAUGCUCCCCUCCGGAUGACGUCUAUUUCAGAGAAGGUCUGGUGUGUUUCAGAAGAACAUAAACCACAUACUGCAGAUAUUACAACAACAUGACUUCAUAGAAGAAGAGUCCGGAGCUGAAUUGAUUUCAUCAACUUUAGAGAACGUUUAGACCAUCACUAAAUGAAAAAUAUAUCAGACAAGAAAGGGACCAAAUUUCAACACCAGAACUCCAGAAACUCAUAAACAGACGUCUUCAAGCUGUUUUGAAACGGAGAUGCUUCACCGUGAUGAUGAACAUGACCCCGUCACAACUACUCUGAGACCUGCAGCAGACAUCAGAUUUAACACGAGCUCACUUUUGUGCAUAAAAUGUCCAUUUUCCAAUUUUAAACAGUUGUUAUGUUAUCCGUGUUCUACUGUGAAUGAAAUAUUGGCUCAUGUGACAGUCAAGGGCUCUUCUAUGGUAAAGCUUGUGUGUAUUCGCAAGAUGUUACAGUAGAUUUACUCAUUUGUUCCUUGCAUCACCUGUUUACGUCAAGCUCUGCUCGCAACCUGCAGUUACAUCACAAAACUUUGAUCCUGAAACUUUUUCUCUUCUUCAGCCAAUAAAAGACAGCUUCUGUUUGUUGACCCAAAAGAACCGCCACAAUUGGUUGUGUCCAAACGUCCCACCUCUGUGUCCCGCGGGAGAGACACUAAACUAAGGACACGUCUUCAGGUGAUGGUCAGACAGACCUUGGCAGAGACUUUCGUGAGGAUCGAAGCAGGACACCUCUGUAGUGGCUCUUCAUCAUCAUGUCAAACACCUCGGCUCUGAGCCUGAACUCCAGCAUCUCCGGAUGGCAUCAGCCUCUCUGGUAUCAGUAUGAAGUGUGUGCAGAAGCUCCUCAUUGGUUCAUCUUCUACUUUGGAGUGAAAGUACUGAACCUGGUGGCAGGAUUCCCAAUGAACAUCCUUGUGUUGUGGCAGAUUCUGAGGAAGAAGAGCGAAGGCUCGACGUCAGACGUCUUCAUUUUUAACCUCUCCAUCCUGGACGCCUAUUUUGGCCUCAUGACGCCGGUCGAUCUUUCCAACCGGCUGUACUUCAACGACCCGACUGUCUGGUACUCCCAGCGUUUCGCCUACGGACUCAAAGACGUCACUCCGUUGUUCCUCACCUGUAUUUGUCUGGACAGGUACAUCGCUGUGGUCCAUCCCAUCCUCUUCACGGGGAUCCGUGACACUCGCAUCCGGAUCGGUGUCUCUGUGCUGGUUUGGGGACUCAUUCUGGCCUACUCUCUGACCAAAACCUUCUUAGGCACCAUGAGCGUGAACGAGGUCUUCAGCGGAGUCAUCCUCUCUGCCUUCUUCAUCAUGAUGUUCUGCAACCUCUCCAUCAUCUGGGUCCUCAGGAAGAGUGUGGCAGGGAAAGAUGUCAUGAACCCAGUGAAGAAGAAGGCCUUCAAGAUGGUGAUUAUCGUCCUUGCCAUCAUCGUGGUGAACUAUCUGCCUCCCGUGGCUCUGUUGCCGUUCGCUUCCACCUUCUCGUUCAUGAAGCUGCAUUGUAAGGUCCUUCUUGGCGUCUUCUCCAUGAUGGACCUGAGCUGCACUAUGGAGCCUUUGCUCUACAUCUCUAAGAUGGAUCGAUCUGUGCUCUGUCACUGCCUGCAGAGUCCUUCCAAGAAACCCAUCACUGUGAGCAUCUGAAACAAAAAAAACAGAUUUUGUGUAUGGUUUUUGGGUUUUCAUUUCAUCUUUCUAAUGCAGUGGUUCUCAAGUGACGUGUCUCUGGUCUGUUGGUCACUGAAAGAUGGGUAAACACAAUGUUAAGUGCAAAAAAGUAAACAGAACAUAAUCAAUUUGGCAGUUAAAUAGACUCAUCGACCAAGAAAGAAAAGAGAAAAAGCUUCCAUAGGCCCAGCUACUGAUGUAAAAGGUUGAAAUUAAAGUCAUGUAAAAACGUCUUUAUCUUACUGGGCCUUUUAGGCUCCACAUAAUACAAUAUUAAUAUAUUUCAAUGUUUAAUACGUACAUUGGUUAGAGUUUUGCACUUAUUUGAAAUGAUGAUUUGAUGAAACCAGUAGAGAAGCACUGAUUUAACGAAGCGCUCUUCAUCAGCAUGUUGACUUUAUGAAACUGUGGAGGUUGUUGUGUUUUCUGUGUCGUGUUUCCCAAGACGUCUUCUGUUUCUCCGCUGCUCGUUUGACUCCUAACGACUCUUUUCUGAUUGAUCUUCAGACUCUACAGCGAACGAAGCUGAACUUCACUUUCUUCUCCUCACUGCUGUGUUUGUGUCAGAUAACCUGAUUCUUUUACUUCUCACACAUUAGAUACAAGCUUUACAGAUGCGUAAUUAAGAACAUUAACAAGUCACUAAUUAAGACAUUAAUUAAAAAGCCUGGGGAUUAAUUAAGAAUGAACUGAGGUGACACAGAUGGCACGAGCUUGUAAUUGUGUAACUAGAUGAUGCUACGAGAUUAAUUAACAUGAAAAACAUUUACAGUAGACGCUCACGUGAGCUUGUUAUCAUUGAUCUCAGACUGCUAGAGAUAAAUGACAAGAAAUAUAUAGUUAUUGUAUUUUUCAUGCAUAAAGGAACUCCAAAAUUAUACACUUGUCUGUGUUCACUUAUUCCUCCAUUCGGAAGUAUUGCAAUCAUGUGUAAAACCUCUGGAAAGUCAAAGUAACACGAGAGGGUCAUUUAUCCUUAGGGAAAACUGUGAAGCACACAGAUCUGACGUGACAUACAGCUCAAUAAAUGAACAUAUUAAAAAACCUGAAACCUGAAACCUUAGUGCUAAUGAGCACCUGAGUAGAGCUUCAGAGACAAAGAUCUAUUCAAUCUCAAAUGCUACUGAUGCUGUUUGUUUGUUUAGAAAAUUAACAUGAAAGGAAAAGUUUCAAAUGAACAAAUGCUGCAUUACGAGGAUUCAUCAUCAAUAGGGAAAAUAAAGAACGCUUUCCUAAGCUCUCGUGUUAAUGGCAGAGAUCUCACACAUACAGCGAUGCAGCAGCUGAUGAUACUCACUGUUGUCUUGUACAGGUUUACAUGUGAACUAAAACACUGAACACGUGCCUCACAGACUGAAAGAGACAAACUGACAUUCAAUCCCACACCAAAAUAUCAAACAUUCAAAUACAUGUAAGUAAACAGACCAGUCACUAGAUCAGCCUCUCUAUAAAAACACAAGUUCUGACCUAAACCUGAAGUAUGUUUUGGAUGAGCUGACCAGUAACUCAACUGAAAUUAAACAGUGUUUUGGUACAUGGUGUAGACUGAAAUACUUUCACUCUAUAGAGUAUUAUGACAGUUGAGGGCUCUUAUAUUGUAAUGUAGCAGAGCGCCAGAAAUGUGUAUUUGCAGUAUGUUAUGGUAGAUUUGUUUCUUGCAUCACCUGUUUACGUGAAGCUCUUCUUGUAACCCGCAGUUGCGUCACAAAAUUCGUUCGCCCCCUUUCGCUGAACUGCAGAGACUUUACCGCAAACUUUUCCGCCAGAUCGUCCUCUCCAUCCAAUCACAGACGAGAUCUUCUUGUUGACCCAAAAUAACUGCAACAAUUGGUUGCAUCCGAAGCGUCCCACCCCUGUGUCCCGCAGGAAGAGCUUUUCUCUGAGCUCCCCGAGAGAGACGCUAAACUGACGACGCGUCUGAGUUGGGUUCUGGUCAGAGAAAGGUUGACAGUCGACGGAACUACGGCAGACGCCUCUGUAUUGAGCAAGAGUUCACCAGAGAGACAACCUGUUUCAGUGUUUGAAGUUCAGUAGAUAUAACAGUUGCUUGCCAAAGACGUAUCAUUAUAACUGACGUCUGCAGCUCAGUUCAUCAUCAUCA